GCAGCUCGCAGGUAUUGGUGAAACAGGUGCACUCAGGGCCGUGAACACAGCAGCGAUCUGGGGAGUAACAGCGCCACAGGGAUCACCUGUACUGGAUUAUUUCUCUCGCUCUUCAACGGCUUUUUAACCUCCCUCUGUUUGAUCUAGUGUCCGGCGCCUGGUCCUGUUUCAACAGAAGGAAGAACUGAUGUCGGCGACUUGCGAGCUCAGCAGCAUCCUCACCAAAGCCAACCACGCCAUGUAUCAGAUCUCGGACCCCGGGCAGCCCGCGGGCAGCCUGUCCCUCGGCGACAGCAAGGACUCCCUGCAGCUGCUGACCAGCGCGCAGCUGCCCGCAGAGCUCCUGGGCCCCUGCAAGUGGUACAACACUGACCCGCAGUUCUGGAGCAAGCAGAACGUGCUGGAGUGGAUCAGCUACCAUGUGGAGGAGACCAAGUUCGACGCCAGCACCCUGAACAUGGCCUACUGCACCCUGGAGGGGUCCGUGCUGUGCCAGAUGUCCCGGGACACGAUGCUUUCCAUGUUUGGGCCACUGGGGGACCGACUGUACCACAGCCUGCAGGACCUGAAGGCGAAAAACAGUGUUGAUGACAUCACCAAUGACAUUCUGAACACCCUCUUCACUGACCUCCCGGAAAUCUUUGCCGAAGACACCUACAACCUCCUGCCUACAGUUGUUGUGGCUCCAGGACCCGGCUGCGGCACUGACUUCAGCAAACCAACCUCCCGGGAUGUGCAGAGUGAGCUGAAGAUGAUGGGUGAGCUGCCGUCCUGGAGCGACCUCGGGUACGAGUCUGGACCCACGUCCCCGGACAGCCUGGACAGCUCCAGCGCAGGGAUGCAGAACUUCCCCAGCUCCCCAGACUCCGGUGGAAGUGACUCCGAGCUGGACUUCUCCGAGAUGAGGCUCCCCAGUGCCACAGACAGUUACCAGGAGCCCGGCAGGGCGGAGCUCAAGCCUGGCAAGAGAGGAAGGGGGAGGCCCAGGAAGCUGAGCCGAGGUGCUGAGGACUGCAUGGACACCAAGAAGAGCAAACAUGCGCCCCGCGGCACGCACCUGUGGGAGUUCAUCCGGGACAUCCUGAUCCACCCGGAGCUGAACAACGGGCUGAUGAAGUGGGAGGACCGGCGGGAGGGCGUCUUCAAGUUCCUCAAGUCGGAGGCGGUGGCGCAGCUCUGGGGGCAGAAGAAGAAGAACAGCAGCAUGACGUACGAGAAGCUGAGCCGCGCCAUGAGGUACUACUACAAGAGGGAGAUCCUGGAGAGGGUGGACGGCCGGCGGCUAGUUUACAAGUUCGGGAAGAACUCCAGCGGCUGGAAGGUGGGGGAAGUGGGCCUGGGAAUGUGAGGUUUUUGGGAACGCCAUGGGAAGAGGAAAGGUGGAAGGCGGCGGAAAUCCUGCGGAGACUGGUGGCCUCUGGUUAGGGCACCUGUCCACGGUUCGAGCCGGGGGCGAGUCUGAGAGACGUGAAGGACUGGCAAUCCUGACAUUUGGUUAAAAACAUCCGGCCCAUCUGCAGGGCCACCAAGCGUGAACGCCUUUCAUUGUGGGGGCGUCUCUAAAAACGUAAGCCAACAUUUUGGCUAAAGUAGGUUGUAUGAACCGAAAAUGAUAUUGUAUUCUUGGUGAAUUUUAUUUUUUACUUUUGCUCUGUGCUUAUUUAACAUGCUUUCUCGUUAUUUUCACGGUUGAGAGUGCUGGUGAUGGGCUUGUUAUCCCUCCUCCCACCUGUGUCUUAUGGCCCAGAGAGCUCAGUACUGGUGUUUUUCUGAAGCUUUGUCUCAAUAUUUUGACCGAUGACUUUGAUUCACAUCCUCCUCGCCACUCUAGACUGGAGUGAUGACAAGCCCGUCAGUCCAGGUGUUUUUCACCUGCGCUGCAGCCUGUUCUGGAGCCGAGGGCUAGCAGAGGCACAGCUGGCUUUGCUAGCUGGGACUGUAAGAAGCACAUUCCCAGGCUCUGAGAGGAAAAGCCACAGAGAGCCCCUCAAAAACACCAUACUCCCUCCCUGGCCCAAGGCACAGGUACUUCCAGAUUGGAAAGUUAUACGAUACAAAGCACUUUGGUUUUACCUAUUUGGCGAGAUGAAGUAGGGAAAUUUGUAAAUGUAUCCAUCUUUUCUUCCUGAAGCACGAUUCCUUAUGUCUGUAUAUACCUCUUUAUCAGUGUAUUUUAUAAGUAAAGAUGUUUGUAAAUCAAGUUUUUAACAACAGAAUGAUUUAAGUUUUAUUCAGCUGGACUGGUAAUAUUUUUUCAAGAAAUACGUUUGUUAUGUAAGAAAAUCUUAAGAUGUUUUGAAAUGUAUAUGUACCUUUUGUACAAAACUAAGCUGUUUUUUUAAUAAAAGAGAAAGUAUUGGAGAGAAUGGUGUUGUUU